CUGCCCAGUCUACUCUGCUUCAUAUGAGUGAGACCAGUAGUACCUCCGGCCAGGGCCAAACCACUCUCGUGCCACGACGAAGAGCUGGAGGUAAGAGAUCAGUCACAGGCUGUCGCACUUGUCGGUGAUUAUACCUCCCACACGCAGUAUGCAACUCAUCUUCUCAUAUACCACCGAUAGAGUCCGUCACAAGAAAUGCGACGAAGCACCCGGGGCGUGUAACAACUGCACAUCUACCGGUCGGCGUUGCGAUGGGUAUGACCAGCAUCGUUUACCCCGUGCAAGCAAGACCAAUACGCCACCUCAAGCCAAAUUCCAGAUUGUGCCAAGCCUGGUGGGAGGAGUGCAUCGGACGAUGAACCGAGAGGAACGACGAUGCUUCUCGUUCUUCCACCUUCGCACCAUGCCCGCCAUGGUGGGCUUCUUCGACUCUGCCCUGUGGCAGCAAUUAAUCCUCCAGAUGGGUCACGAGGAACCCGCGGUCUAUCACGCUAUUGUUGCUCUGAGUGCGUUCCAUCAAGACUCGGAAAGGCAAGGGAUGCCGUUAUCCAAGGAGGACCUGGGGAACACUUGGCAUCGGUUUGCCUUGGAGCAGUCAAUGCGCUCGUUCUCGCUUCUCCAUACUCGCCGCGCAUCUCACGAUCCUCGGCUGCGGGAAGUCACCUUGCUAUGCUGCCUGGUCUUUGUGCUCUUGGAAUGGCUGCGGGGCCAGUAUGACAAGGCUUUCGGGCAUCUUCGGAGUGGAAUCCAAAUGCUCAAAGAGUUUGGCGUGAAGAUGACAGAUGAGUCGCGUGUGCGUGGGGCCCCGGUAGAGCGAGACCUAGUCGCUGCUUUCGCCCACUUGGACAUUCAGUCUGCGCAGUUUGGGGAGACAAGUUCACUCGUGGGAGGAAAUCCUAUUCUGGAGAUCACAACGUCGCAGGCAGACGGGACACCCACUUUCCGGAACAUGUCUGAUGCGCGGGAAGCACUCGACCACAUUCUUGAACCGGUUUUCAAGUUUACAAACUCCACAGAGGCCCUGUCGCAUGAACAGCUUGCUAUGCAGUACGAGUCUCUCUAUCAGGAGCAGAGCAGACGCUGCGCAGAAGUGAGCGAGUUCGCCCGAACCUUCGACCACUUCCGUGCUACAAGAUAUUACAAGCUGAGCGCGAAAGAACAACGCGGUGCAGACGUCAUUCACCUCCAUCAGACCGCGGCGUCUUUGCAUCUGGAGAUCUGUCUUCUGGAAAGCAACGAUCCCCUGCUGGACACUUAUACUCCUAGAUUCGAGCGCCUUCUGGCUUGCGUUGGGGAAGUGACGGACAAGUUCCCUGAACGACCUAGUGUCUGCAUGGACAUGGGCAUCAUUCCGCCGCUCUUCCUCGUAGCCACCGGAUGUCGGGAUUAUAGAGUCCGCGAACGGGCGAUCGAGGCGCUACGGGCCUGGCCGCACCGUGAAGGACCAUGGGACUCGAAUCUAGGGGCUCGUAUCGCCACCGAGAUAAUGAAAAUUGAGUCUGUGGCCGGUUCGGCGCCGCCGAGCGGGGAUACGGAAGGAUUCACCAGCGAACCAGCAAAUAACACUCCGGCGCCGCGUGGGGUAUCUGUGACUAUAUCCGAAGAUCAAAUUCAUGCGUGCUUGUCAUAUCAUAUGGGCAACCAGCGGAAUGAACGGUGGUUCAAGCUUGACGGCAAGUGAGAC